AUGUCUGACGACACAGCAGUCUCCACCACCCAAUACGACGUGAUCAUCAUCGGAGGCGGUACCGCAGGUUGUGUCAUCGCUGGUCGGCUUACCGAGGCAUUCCCGGAAGUCUCAAUUCUCGUCAUCGAGGCUGGGACAGAUUCAACCGACGAUGAAGUUGUCGCUCGUCCGCUCCAAGGCAUGUUCUCUGCCCUCAUGGGCGCCAAGACUGCUGUCAACUUCAUCAGCGAGGUCGAUAAGCACCUGAACGGCCGUGCUCUUCCGAUCGCAGCUGGAAACACCCUCGGAGGCGGGUCUGCCGUCAACUUCAUGAUCUACAAUCAAGCUCCAGCUUCGGACUGGGACGACUGGAAGCAGCCCGGAUGGUCCGCCAAGGAGAUGCAACCAUUCAUUCACAAGUCCGUCUCGUACAAGGCUGAGCACGGCGAUCCCAACAAGCACGGCAAGGACGGCCGUAUGGUGGUGACCAACGGAGGAUAUACCUCUCCGAAAUGGAUGGAGGACUUCUUCCGCGUCGUCCCACUCACUCGAAACACCAAGCAGCUGGUCGAUAUGGCAGACCAGGAGCAUAGCGACGGUUUCGGCUGGCAUGCCAAGUGGAUCGACGACAAGGGCGUCCGCUCCACCUCGUACAACUCGUACAUCACCAAGCGCCAGCUUCUCAAGCCUCCCUCCAACCUCACCAUCCUCAGCAACACCAAGGUCCACCAUAUCAUCAUCGACCACGGCAAAGCUGUCGGCGUCAAGCUGGUCGACGGGACUGAGAUCAAGGCGGACCAACAGGUCAUCCUCUCGGCGGGCGGCUUUGGCUCGCCGCUCAUCAUGGAGAGGAGCGGGCUGGGCGGGAAGGAGGUCUUGGGUGCUGCUGGAGUUGAGGUCAAGGUGGACCUGCCUGGUGUGGGCAAGGAGUAUAGGGACAAGCAACUCGUUCUCUCUGGCUACCAUAUCGACGAGACCUGCGAGACGCUCGACAGCUUCCUCUCCAUGGAUAUGUCCACUAUCACUGCGCAGCUCCUGCAGUAUAUGGUGGAUGGGACAGGGCAAUUUGCUACGAACGGUCUCAACAUGGGCCUCAAAUGGCGACCUACCGAAGAGGAGAUCGCUGAGCUUGGUCCAGACUUCGCCGCACACUGGAAGUCCGUCGCUGAGGACAAACCCGACAAGCCCGUCGCUACUAGCGCCUUCUCCUGCCAGUUCAUGGGCGACCGCUCUACUCUUCCUCCCGGCAAGUACAUGGCCUUCGGCUGGUGGAGCAACUACCAAGCCUCGGUCGGCAGUCUUCACAUCUCGAGCUCCGAUCCCGAGGCGCCGCCCCACUUCCAGUCAGGCUUGCUGGACCAGUCGGCCGAUAUGCCCGUCCUUGUCUUCAUGUACAAGUGGACCCGCGAGAUCGCCCGACGCAUCGCCGUCUACCGAGGCGAGUACGCCGCCGGUCACCCCGCUUUUCAUCCCGACUCGGCCGCCGCUUGCAAGCGCCACGACGGACCUAUCACCGAUGACGCCAAGAUCGUGUACACCAAGGAGGACAACAUCAUCAUCGAGGACUGGAUCAGGAGCAACGUCGUUUCGGCUUGGCACUCGAUGUCGACGUGCCCGAUGGCGGACAGGGCGGAAGGCGGGGUGGUGGAUGCCAAGCUGGACGUGUAUGGUGUCACGGGGUUGAAGAUCGCCGACGUCUCGGUCGUUCCGAAACAUAUGGGCACCAACAUGGCUUCGGUCGCGCUCGCGAUCGGGGAGCGAUGCGCCAGUAUUGUCGAGGACGAGCUGAAGGCUCAGGACUAA